AUGGCAAAUGAUAGUGGAAUUAGCGUUAUUACAAAAAUUGUGGAAUCUGAACAGAAGAAUCAAAUACUACAUGAUUCCAUUUUAAACAAAAUGCCAUGCUAUGACAAGUACGCAGAGAUUAACAUUUUGUCUUCGGAAGAAGUACAGUUGUUAAAAAAAUUUCAUGAUUUCAACAAAAAGGAAAAAUUCGAUUAUUUUAAGGAAAAUGAUAUGAUUGUAUCUGUAUUAUUUAAUUGUCUUCAAACAGAUUUUAAUAUUCAUUUAAUUCAAUAUGUAUUAACAAUAUUUUAUGAAAUUAUAAGAAAUGAUGGAAGUUCUUAUAGUUAUAUUUUAAGUAUACUAAGUGAUAAAAACUUAUAUACCUAUUUAAUGAAAUUGUGUACACACAACGAUAUUUAUAUAGCUGAUAAAAGUUCUUUCCUACUGUCUGGGAGCUUUUGCUAUAACAAUAAUUAUUUUACAGAUACAGAAAUAAAAGAUUUUAUUUUAAAAAUAGACUUUUUUAAUGUAACAGAAGAAGGGAAAAUGGAUAUAUAUAUAAAUAUAUUAAAAAUAGAUGAAUAUAGAAAAGAUAUAUACGAAUUAGAACAAUUUUUAACAAUAAUAAAUAAAAAUUUAGAUUUGGCUAAUAAUAAUGCUAAUAAGCAGUACAAAUCCGUUUUCUGUGUAUGGUUACUUACAUUUAAGGAUUAUUUUAUUAGGAAAUUAUAUAAAAACAAUAUUAUUAUAGUUGUAAUUAAUUUAUUUAAAAAAUGUAGAGUAGAAAAGAUAUUAAGGGUAUCUCUAAAUAUAAUUAAGAAUAUAAUGCAUAUGGAUGAUUGCUUUGAGAUUAUAGUAGAUAACAACAUAAUUCAAACAUUAACUGUUCUACAAUAUGACAAAUGGAGAGAUAACGAUAUAUAUGACACAAUAGUUCAGCUUUUACACAAAUUGGAUCAGCGCGUGAAGAACUACAGCAAUUUUGAGAGGUACUGUCAUGAACUUUCAAAUGGAAAAUUAAAAUGGUCCAUUUUGCACACAGAAAAAUUCUGGCUCGAAAAUGUAAUGCAAUUUGAGAAGGAUGAAUUUAAAGCUAUACAACAGUUAUCGGAUAUAAUAAAAAAUUAUGCCCACAAUUUUGCACAUAAGAAUGAUUCAAAUCAAACAAAAGAGGAAGUAGACAAUGUGACAGUGGCUGUAGCAUGUUUUGACAUUGGAGAGUUUGCAAGGUUAUAUCCAAAUGGAAAGAAAAUUUGCCAGAAAUUUAAAAUAAAAGAAAAUGUUAUGAUUUUAAUUGCAACAAAGGAUAGGGAUAUAGUUCGAGAAGCGCUGCUGUGUGCGCAGAAAAUUAUGUUGAAUAACUGGCAAAGUUUAUCAAAUGCAAAAUAA